CCAAAGUUGUAUUUGUUUCUUUAAAAGAAUCCCGAUCCACUCUAAUCUCUCUUCACACGUGCCCCGCCAAACGAGCCUCGUUUUUUCCCUUGCUAACACACUAUCCCACUCAGCUCAAUUCUCUUCCUCUAGUGUCUGAGCUAAGCCCUCUGCUGCCUUCAAGUUUCCUCCAAAUCAGAAAAUUAAACAAGAGGGUGGUAUAGAUAACUCUAUGAAACUCGGAAAUUGAAGACAUAUGAAUGAAGUUUACAUGGGAAUGUACGAUGCGUCUUUCUUGGUUAGCUCCUCCUUUAACUCAUGGUAGCUGUUCUUUAAACCGGAGCCACUUGAAACUUCUAUGUUGUUCCAGGACGGAUAACAAUAAUAACAGAGUAAAGCAAGUUGCUAUUCCAGAAUUCAACAAGAAAAACGCCAUAUGUAAGCACCCAUUUGAAUCUAACAGUGGAGAAGAGCUUUCCACUGAGUUGCACAACAAAACAAUUCAAGAGUAUUGCAAAAUAGGGGAUGUAGAUAAUGCUAUGAAACUUGUUGCUCAAUUGGAGGCUAUGGGUUUCCAUCCAAAUUCUAUUUCUUAUGGUUUUUUAAUUGAUAGUUUGGGAAGUGUUGGUAGGACAUUGGAAGCUGAUGUCUUGUUUCAAGAAAUGAUGUAUCUUGGAUUUAAACCUAGGAUAAGAUUGUUUAAUGCUUUGCUUAAAGGAUUUUUGAAGAAAGGGUUGUUGGGUUUAGCUGUUAAGUUUUUGGUGGAAAUGGAUCGAAUGGGUGUCUGUAAAAAUCAGGAAACAUAUGAAAUUCUUUUGGAUUAUUAUGUUAGUGCUGGAAGGUUGGAAGACACAUGGAUGGUAGUUAAUGAGAUGAAGACAAAUGGGAUACAACUGAGUUCAUUUGUGUAUGGUAAGGUUAUUCGUCUCUAUAGGGACAACGGAAUGUGGAAAAAAGCAAUAGGCCUAGUGGAGGAGAUUAGGGAGAAAGGGAUAUCUUUAGACAGACAGAUUUAUAAUAGCAUCAUUGAUACAUUUGGAAAAUAUGGAGAGCUAGGUGAAGCUUUAGAAGUAUUUGAGAAAAUGAAACAAGAAAGUAUACUGCCUGAUAUAACAACAUGGAAUUCUUUGAUUAGGUGGCACUGCAAGGCUGGAGAUCUCACUAAGGCUCUUCAAUUGUUUACUGAGAUGCAGGAACAAGGAUUAUAUCCUGACCCAAAGAUCUUAAUGAGCCUUAUUAGCCGACUGGGAGAGCUUGGGAAGUGGGACGUAAUAAAGAAAAACUUUGAGAACAUGAAAUGUAGAGGACGUCAAGAAGUUGGGGCUAUUUACGCAAUGUUGGUUGAUAUUUAUGGACAAUAUGGAAGAUUCCAGGAUGCUGAGGACUUCAUAACUGCUCUGAAGUCAGAAGGCUUCCUACCAUCAGCUAGCAUGUUCUGUGUUCUAGCAAAUGCUUAUGCUCAGCAGGGAUUUUGUGAACAGACUGUUAAGGUUCUUCAACUCAUGGAAGCAGAAGGCAUUGAACUCAAUAUCAUAAUGCUGAAUGUGUUGAUAAAUGCAUUUGGUAUAGCAGGGAGGCAUGAGGAGGCAUUAUCUAUUUACCAACAUAUAAGAGAAAGUGGUAUUAGUCCUGAUGUGGUUACUUAUAGUACACUCAUGAAAGCUUUUAUUCGAGCCAAGAAGUUUGAUAAGGUUCCUGAAAUAUACAAGGAAAUGGAAUCUUAUGGAUGCACUCCUGAUAGAAAAGCUAGGCAAAUGCUGCAAACUGCAUUGAUGGUACUUGAACGGAGACAUUGAGUCUUAGACUGACGUUGCUAAUACCUGGUGACCUGAUAUUAUCUUCAAUUUGCUGUGGCUUUUGCUAAGCUGACUAAAUUUGUAAAGUGUAUAGAUUUGCUUCUCAGAAUUGAAGACCUUGUUAAUAUUUCUUCUACUGGCAUUGUUGCAUGGGUUGGAUUUGCAAAAUCACAAAUGCCACCCUCCCUGCUGCAACCGCCCCGAGAUAAGCAACCCACAUCAACAUCCCCUUGAGGUCAAACAGCCUUCAAACUUAUGAGUUGAGACAUUGGGAGGAAAUUUGAGAAUCGUAUGUUAGUGCUUCCAUAUCAAUGGUAAAAUUUCAGUAUAAAACAAUGAUUUUCUUUCCUCCGAAGUUAAGAAAUUUGCCUGUCUUUGACUACAGAUUCAAAACUAGCCAUUUAAACACAAUUGGUUUUAUUCACUUGGAGAUCUUUUUACAUUUAUUGAUUAUUUAAUACAUAUUGGACACAUUUGUGUCUGCUGCCUAUGCGGAUGAACUCAUCUCGUCAGCCACAUGGGAGUCUUCCUCCUGGCAGCGUUGCAGGUCUUGAGGACCUUUGUUCAUUUGGAUUCAAUGUUGGAUCAGUGAUUCUGCUUUCUUUGUUGUAUUCUUUGGAUGGACAUUUUUCAACAGAAAUGUGCAUCUUCUGUAACUGAGUUCAAACAAUGGUAUUCCUUUGUUUUUGCAAAAAAUAAAAAAUAAAAAUAAAAAUAAAAAAAUAAAAUUCAA